GUCAUUGUCGCUUAACUGAUGUGCUCAUAGCAAGAUUCAGAUCAAUUUCGCAAGCGAUUGCUGCACCCAGAAAGUGGUUUUCUCGCGCUUUUGGUCCACAUGUUGGAACAUCGCUUAACUGAUAUCGAGGAUCCUGCCAUCCAAAUCCUUGGCCAACUUGCGAGCCAUGUUGACGUUCAGGAAGACUUGAUUCACAAAGGACACAUUGAGAACCUGGCGUCGCUGAUGAAAAAUCGCAAAGACGAAACAAGUAGCGGAGCUAUUCUAGCGAUGUUGUCGAUGCUCCAGUAUCCAUUUAUACGAUUGACAGCAAUUGAGAAAGGUGUCGUUGAGACGUUGGUCAAUCAUUUAAAACACAAGAAGAAGUGUUUGUUUGCGGCUUACGCACUCUCUCGUAUCCUGGACCACGAAAACAUCAGAAAGGCUAUGUUUGAGCUAUCCGCGCCUGACUACAUCAUCAGCGCUUUCAAACAAGGAUCGUUUAUCGGGACGGUCGAGAAUGAACCCGGCAAAGAGGUGCUCGGACGCCUCAUGCGCAACGAUGACCUGAGGGCAGCUGUUCUUAAAGCCCACACAACAGCGGCCCUUUGUACCAUGUUCAAAAAGGGUGAAGCAGCGCUGAAUCAUGCAGCGUUUGAUUUCCUGGACAUCAUAUCCAACUAUUCCGAUGGGAAAGAGUUGAUUAAAGAAUCUAAGAUGGCCAUAUUCCACGCCGUAGUGGCCGCCUUGGACAACCAGAAGUGGGCCUCACAAGUGAAUGCUGCAAUGGCACUUCACGCUCUUGUCGGGAUUCGGCAUUCUUCUGAAAGAACUUUUGUCAUGCAUGAGUUUCAACCGGUCAUCUUGGAAGGACUGCCGCGCAUACUGAAAUUGUUGGUGCAUGAUCGGUCUUACCGUGUUGUUGGCGGUGCGGCGGCUCUCUUUGCACUGUCUAAAGACGGAACUAUACGGGCUCGUGUGCGAGAGCACGCAGAUUUUAAAUUUGCCAGAAAGGAUGUCCACAGGAUGCUUGACAUAUUAUUUGCGGCCAUGGAGGAAGGCCCUCACCAUCACGGUGCCCCUCACCAUCAUGGUGCCCUAACUUUCCCAGAUGUGCACCCAAUGCCUGCCCGCAGCCCCUUGGUCACUUCCCUCGCAAUCUUAUCUUGCGUCUUCUAUAUUCCUUGCGGCCUUACAGCCAUGCUGGCUGGAUGGGCAAUCGAUGGGACGGAAACGUCGCACACAUGACUUCCGCAAUGCGCACCACGCCAAUUUUUCUAGCUUUAUAGGAGAAUUAAAAAGUUACAGAGUGCAAUGCAAGCAACACAGA